AUGCCCAAGAUUAAGGUUCUCUUCUUCGCGCGCGCUCGCGAGCUCGUAGGCGCGGCAGAGCAAACCUUAGAGCUGCCCGCGGACGCCGAUUCUCGCUUGCUCCUCGAGCGCCUCUACGACGCGCACCCGCCGCUGCGCGACCUCGCGCAAAGCGUGGUGAUGGCGGUGAACCGCGAAUACGUGUCGCCUAGCGACCCGCCGACGGUUCUUAAAGACGGAGACGAGGUGGCUCUGAUCCCGCCCAUCAGCGCUUCAUCGCUCCUCCCCUCUCUCCCCUCCCCCUUCCACCGCAUCUUCCCACGCGCCUACCUCUCCCCCCACCGCCCCUACCUCUGCCUCGCCGCCCGCCUCGCCCACGUGCUCCGUGGCGUCGCCAGGUGGCGCGCUCUCAUUCGCUACCGCCACAGCAGCAGACCCAGAGGAAGCAACCGGGAAGGCCGGAGCACAUGGGCAUGGAGGGCAGUGCCGGCCCGUGUGGUGAUGCAAGGAGGUGUGACUAUCUGGGUGGCCUUCGACCUGGUGCGUGCGGGGAGAGGGGCUAGCAGUCCCGGGGGCACCAAUGGGAGCAAUGGGCGCAGAGAGGCGGCAGAGGGGGGAGUGGAGGACGGGGGUGAUGGGCAGGGGAGGGGGGAUGUGGAGAUGGAAAGGGGGAUGGCGGGUGAUAUGGGGGGGAUGCAUGAGGAGCAGGCGAUGAUGGUGGAGGUGCAGGGGUUGUGGCGGGGGGGUGGUGUGGGCACAGGGGCCAUGUGGCUCACUCUCUUCCGCACUCACACGGAUGCUAGUUGCUCUGAGUGGACCCUCCUCGCCUCUUUCUUCCACCCACCCGCCAUGCCCCCCACCACCACCACUGCUGCCGCCUCCUCCCCCUCUGCGGCUUCUCUAUGUGCGCGUGAGAGGGCGGAGGGGCAGCAAGGGGGAGGGGAGGGGCCACACGGGGUGGUAUUCCUCCACGCCAUGCACCUGCUGCACAGCUUCCCUCUCCCGCUCCCACACUCCACUCCCCUCUGCUGCCCCACCCCCACCGACAUUUCCUCUGCUCCCUUCCCUGCCUCUGCUGCCUCCUCUUGCGCCUCCUCUCCCCCGGCCACCCCCCCAUGCACCUCACUGAGCGUCCUCAUUGACUUGUGCCUGCCUCGUGCACUCCACUGCUCGCUCCUGCCCUCUCAAGGUGCUUUCUCGCCUACCCUCGACGCCACUCGCACGUCCUGCACGUCCUUCGUCCCCCUUCCUCUCUCUCUCCUCCCUCUCCUCCCCUCCUACUCCCUCCCUGCUUUCCUCCCACUCAAGCUCUCUCCGUACCAGACUGCUGUAACUUCAGAUGCCAUCCCUUUCCUUCUAGCCCUGCUAUCCUUGCAGCCAGCCCUGCCUUUCCUGCACCCAUGCCUCAUCCCGCCACCACUCUCUGCUGUUGCCACAACUGUUGCCGUUCAGCAUAACAUUCUCAUCCCCAUCCUUUUCCUGCUUUCUGAUCCCUCUUCCUCUUCCUCUCCCCCUGCUCCCGGCCCUCUCCCCUCUCCCCACCCUGCAGCCCAUGCCAUCACGCUCCAUGCAUACCUCUCCCUCUCCACUGCUCCGCCACACACUCACUCCACAUCUAUCCCCUCGUCACUGCAGUGGGAGGGGGCGGGCAGCCGUGGGUGUGUGUUGCUGGGGCGGGCAGCAGUGGAGGUGUGGGAGACAGAGGGGGAACAGGAGGAGGGGGAGGAGGAGGAUGCAGAAAGUCACUCACAUCUGCCUACACUGCAGGGAGAUGGGCGAACGGAUGGGAAUGGGGUGAGCAGUGGGGCAGAAGGGAACGAUGGAGGUGGGGGGAGUGAUGGGGAAGAAGGGAGCGAGGGGGGUGGCGCUGGGAGCAUGGCAUGGCGGCUGCUGUUUGUACCAGAUGGUACAGACGAGCCUCUCUCUGCCAAUGGAGUCACCAUUGAAUGGCGGGCGUCAAGGGGGGCGAUGGGAGGUGCGGGAGGAGGUGGAGAAACGAAAGGAGGCGUUGAAGCACGAGCAGGGGGGGGAGGAGGAGGAAGAGGGGAGGAAGGAUUUAGGAUAGGGGGUGGGGAAGGUAGGGGGAGAGAUAGUGGGAAGGAGGCAGGUGGUUGGCAUGUGUCACUGCAUUUGUCUGCAGAGGGUGUGCGUAGUGUGUUUGGCUGCCAUGCAUGUGACAGUGCGACAGGCUCUUAG